UGUGGAGCUGAUGAAUUAUGAUUGACAUGUUUGUGUUGACGUGUAUUUCUCUGGAGAGGUCCCGUAGUGUCGUUGAGGUCUCGUAAACGGCUUCACGGGCGCGUUAAACGUUCCACCCCGCGUUAACCUGGAGAUAAGAAACUUGUGGACACGCGGAUUCUCACUUGGACGUAUCUGACAGAACGAUGACGUGCCUCCAGUGUCCGCGCUCCGCUACGAGCUUUACAUAUGAAAAGAUCUAAACGCUUUAUUACAUGGACAGAAUUCACGACAACACGAGACCAGCAAUAAUGCCACAGCCCAGAAUGAUGCUGGUGGUGACGGGAGAUGAUUUUGGCUACUGUCCCAGGAGGAACCAGGGGAUCGUGGACUGCUUCCAGGCUGGAGGCAUUUCUAAUGUGUCACUGCUGGUUAAUGCGUCUGCUGCCAAAGAGGCAGCAGAUCUGGCUAAAAGGCACAGCAUCCCCAUUGGCCUCCAUGCAAACCUGUCAGAGGGCAUUCCAGCAUGUCAGAGCCUCCAGCAGGCCUCCACACUGAUAAACCAGCGUGGCUUCUUCCAUGGGAAGAUGGGCUUCCGUCAGGCCCUGGAGAGAGGUCAGAUUAGCAUGAAACAGGUGGAGCUGGAGUUGAGAGCCCAGGUCAGACUGUUCAGGGAACUGACAGGUCACCUUCCCCACCACAUGGACGGACACCAACACAUCCAUGUUCUGCCAGAGGUGCGGGAGGUGUUUGCACAGGUCCUGUCAGAUCUCAGGAUUCCAUACACUCGUGUUCCAGUGGAGACUGGUCUACACAGCUGCCCGUGGCUACCUGCACACCUCCGGAGAUUCUACACUCAGGUGGAGAAGGAUGCCCUGGACUCCAUCCCAGUCUUCACACGUUAUGGAAUCAGGUGGCCUGACGUGUACCUGGGACUGACCACCAUGGGCCAGAACAUGUCCGUCCCCAACCUACAGAGAGCCCUCAGCCAUGCCUUGGCUGCAGGGCCGUCACACAGCACUACCUCCAGCAGUGCAUCAGGCUCUAACCCGCCUGUGGUCACGGCAGAGCUCAUGGUUCACCCCGGGUACCCGAGUCACCCCCAGGAAGGAGGCUGUGGCGAGGGCCCGGAUGACUUCUCCCAGUCAGCUGACAGACAGCAUGAGCUGAGCAUGCUCACUGACCCGUCCAUGCUGGCCCUCUAUAGCCAGAAGAGAGUGCAGCUCUGUGCCUUCAAAGACCUCUGAGUGCUGCAUGUAUACUGUAGAGCUAGUGAAACCCAAAUCCUCAGAUUCCACUCCAAGGCGGAAAAAGUCUAAUACUCAAUCCCACUGAGACAUGACUAUAAAUCCACCUACACAUUUCUAAUAGCAAAACAAUGUAAUGUUUAGUUUUUAUCUGCCUUUAAUGAACACAAUUUCCCAUAAGCUCAAGUCAGGGUAAAUGAUAGUGACUGAUGGUGAGCACUGCUUCUCUGUGACAUGAAGUCAGUGACAACGAGAAGUCUAAAAAAGAUUUCAGCAACAACGUUAGCCUUUUUUUUUCUUUUCUUAGUUUGUUUAUUUUUCAGAUUGAAUGAAAUAAUCGAAUCAAUAGAUAUGAAUGCUCUUAAGAUAGAUGUGGAACAUAGUGAUCCUCUACUUCAUGGAGCCACUACAGAAAACUGCAGAUGAACCUUUACAGUCUGACCAUCAUUUCCACCUCAUCUCGCUAAAAGCAGAGAAAGAUGUACGCUAUCACGCUGAUUAAAAUACUUUUUUAAAGAAAAAGUACUUACUUUAAAGAAUUAUCUUUGUUAAAAUGAAGGACGUAAAACCAGGAACACGUUAAUUAUUUUCAGAAUAAAGGCUGAAGUAACCUACGAUAAGACACUGUACUGACUUACUGACUUACUGCUAACAGGAAGUGCGUCAGCUCUCAGCACACCGUUAUAGAGUCCAUAGGCUCAGAGUAAAUGUGAAUGCACGUCACAGAAGCACUACAAAAACUACGGUAACCUGCAAACUGGAACAGUGAGGUGCGUCUCGGGACUUUUGGGGCACAGUUUACUCUUUAUGAAAGCCAUACUCAGUGCUGCUUUUCUGUGCUUUGACACAGAUCAGUGUAUUGCACAACCCACAUGCACAUAUUCAACACAACCUGGGUUUUUCUCAUGUAGUUUUGCUUAUCGACACACACUGCACUCACAGUACAGUGAUCUCAGCUCAGUUCUGUUUUAUUAUUGAAUUUUCUGUCUGAAAGUCAGGAUCUAGUUUGAAGACCAUCUUCAUCUCAGUACUCAAUGAAAUGUGUUGAAUCAAUGACCGCACAGCCAUCUGGGGUCAGGUAACACUCCAACACUGAGAAAUAGUGGAGGGUGAGUUACCACGGCCUGGCAACAGGUGAAUCAAGCCAUGUAGUUUUAAUGGAUUUUAUGUACGAGGGCAGAGGGAAGAUUUCCAAUGAUCUCAGGUCUGUUUAGCACAAGUAGCAUUGGACGUCUAAUCACCUGCCAGGAACGUUCUUUUAACAUUUCCACUUGAACCUCUAACAGAACAGUAAUAAAUGUUUGUAAUAUUUAUAGCUGAUGUCUUGGUAUUUGAAAUCGUAUAUUUUGAUAAAGUUUCUGCUGAAACUCUUUUGUGCAUCACUAUAUUUGAAUUGUUACAAAGAUCAUAACUGGAGAGCUUGUAAUUCCAAGUGUGUGCUAAUAAAUAAAAUCAAAAAG